GGAGGACCGCUUCAGCCCCUCAACGCCACUUUGUGGACCCCGACAUCACGCAGACGGCUUUUGGCCAGUGUCGGUGCCCAGCCAGUGAAGAGGGAGCAAUGCCUGUCCCUGCUGGAUACAUUAGCGACUCCCAGUGUGCGGCCUUCGCAUCCUCGGCCUCGCUUAUCCCUCCGCCCCCGAUCAACACCCGACAGCCCGGUGUUGUCACCUCGCUGUUGUAUAGUGGCUCCAAGUUCAGGGGGCACCAAAAAAGCAAAGGGAACUCGUACGACGUUGAAGUAGUGUUACAGCAUGUUACCAUGGAGGACUCUUACCUCUGUGGUUACCUGAAAAUAAAAGGACUAACAGAGGAAUACCCAACUCUAACCACGUUUUUCGCUGGAGAGAUCAUCAGCAGAAAACGGCCAUUCCUCACCCGGAAGUGGGAUGCAGAUGAGGAUGUGGAUCGUAAACAUUGGGGCAAGUUCCAGGCUUUCUACCAGUAUGCAAAGACGUUCAACUCGGAUGAUUUUGACUAUGACGAUCUUAAAAACUCAGACUACAUUUUCAUGAGGUGGAAGGAGCAGUUCCUGGUCCCAGACCACACAAUCAAAGACAUUAGCGGUGCUUCCUUUGCUGGAUUUUACUACAUUUGCUUUCAGAAAUCCACAGCAACGAUCGAGGGCUACUACUACCACAGGAGCUCUGAAUGGUACCAAUCUCUGAAUCUUACCCACGUCUCCGAGCACAGUGCUGGCAUCUAUGAGUUCCGGUGA